AUCAUAGUUUCAGGAUCCUCAGGAAACCCUGGUACUGGCAGCAGCCAGCCUCUGCUGUGCCCACAUGACCCACAACUCUGGCAGCGGACCCGGCACUUCCAACAUUAUUAAAUAAUAAGAAAGCGGCUCCUACUCCAUGCCCAAACCUCCCUACAGACCAAUGGACACCUUCUAAGAGUUUGGCGAGUCGGUGACUGAGACGCCCGUCCAUUCCAAGACCUGAAGCUGAUAAUGCAAUUUUACAAUCUUGAGAACCAAUCAAAAAUCUUUUGGAAGUCAGCUUACUUAAAGAAACCCAGGAAACCACUCUCCGCAUGAAGCUUGGAAUAUCAUGUGACUCCUGUUAUAAAUAGCCUGUUUGAAGAGAUAGCAAUAAAUAAGAUUUGCCAAUCCCUGGAUGAAGUGCUUGGGAAAUCUUUAGAUGCCAUAGUCAACUGCCAUUUCAAAGAAGAGAAAAUAGAUGGUUUUGGAAAGUUCAUGCUGUUUCUUCACUGAAUUUUAGAAUGAUUGAAGAUAGUGGGAAAAGAGGAAAUACCAUGGCAGAAAGAAGACAGCUGUUUGCAGAGAUGAGGGCUCAAGAUCUGGAUCGUAUCCGACUCUCCACCUACAGAACAGCAUGCAAGCUUAGGUUUGUUCAGAAGAAAUGCAACUUGCACCUGGUGGACAUUUGGAACGUCAUAGAAGCAUUGCGGGAAAAUGCUCUGAACAACCUGGACCCGAACAUAGAACUCAGUGUGGCCCGCUUGGAGGCUGUGCUAUCCACCAUUUUCUACCAGCUCAACAAACGGAUGCCAACCACUCACCAAAUCCAAGUGGAGCAGUCCAUCAGCCUCCUGCUUAACUUCCUGCUGGCAGCCUUUGAUCCGGAAGGUCAUGGUAAAAUUUCAGUAUUUGCUGUCAAAAUGGCUUUAGCCACAUUGUGUGGAGGGAAGAUCAUGGACAAAUUAAGAUAUAUUUUCUCCAUGAUUUCUGACUCCAGUGGGGUGAUGGUUUAUGGACGAUAUGAUCAGUUCCUGCGGGAAGUUCUCAAACUACCCACAGCCGUUUUUGAAGGUCCUUCAUUUGGUUACACAGAGCAGUCAGCGAGAUCCUGUUUCUCUCAACAGAAAAAAGUCACCUUAAAUGGUUUCUUGGACACGCUCAUGUCCGACCCUCCCCCCCAGUGUCUGGUCUGGCUGCCCCUUCUGCAUCGACUGGCGAAUGUGGAAAACGUCUUCCACCCGGUUGAAUGUUCCUACUGCCACAGUGAGAGUAUGAUGGGGUUCCGCUAUCGGUGUCAACAGUGUCACAACUACCAGCUCUGUCAGGACUGCUUCUGGAGGGGCCACGCCGGCGGCUCCCAUAGCAACCAGCACCAAAUGAAAGAGUACACGUCAUGGAAAUCCCCUGCUAAGAAGCUAACUAAUGCAUUAAGCAAGUCUCUGAGCUGUGCUUCCAGCCGUGAACCCUUGCACCCCAUGUUCCCUGACCAGCCUGAGAAGCCACUCAACUUGGCCCACAUUGUUGAUACUUGGCCGCCCAGACCUGUAACCAGCAUGAAUGACACCCUCUUCUCCCACUCAGUCCCCUCCUCAGGAAGUCCUUUUAUUACCAGGAGGUUACCUGAGGGGAUAAGUGCAUCCAGCCCUGGGGCUGAGGAGCAUUCACUCAUAAAGCUGUAUGUAAAUCAGCUUGACCACAGCCCACGCUCUCCUCCCAAGGACAGUGAAGUAGAGCAGAACAAACUGCUGGCUAGGGCUGCUCCAGCUUUUCUGAAGGGCAAAGGGAUACAAUACAGCCUGAAUGUGGCAGACAGGCUAGCUGAUGAACAUGUUCUCAUCGGGUUGUAUGUCAACAGGCUCCGGAACAACCCAUCAUGUAUGCUUGAGAGUUCAAACCGGCUUGAUGAAGAACACAGGCUGAUCGCCAGGUACGCGGCCAGACUGGCGGCAGAGUCCACUUCCUCGCAGCCGACUCAGCAGCGGAGUGCUCCUGACAUCUCCUUCACCAUUGAUGCAAACAAGCAGCAGAGGCAGCUGAUCGCAGAGCUAGAAAACAAGAACAGAGAAAUCUUACAGGAGAUCCAGAGGCUGCGGCUAGAGCAUGAACAAGCCUCUCAGCCCACCCCAGAGAAGGCGCAGCAAAACCCCACUCUGCUGGCCGAGCUCCGGCUCCUCAGGUAAGAGGGGGAGCCCCAGGCCUCUUGGGGCGUGCAAGU